CCUUCUAUUACUCCUCAAUGCCAUGGCCAGCCUGGUAUCCGCAUAGAGGCUGGUGCCGAUAAGUCAACAACAACAUUGAGCAGACGAACAGUGUGCAAACAUGGUGAUGUUGCGCGGAAAUGCGUGGUUAACAUGUUUAGGGGCUUUUCGAUGUCCCACACGCUUUGGAUUAAUGCCCACUCGAAUGUUAAGAUCACCCCGAGGACCGCGUGUAGGAUCUACAUUUGAUGAGCGGUACAGUGACGUUUAUUCGUCUAACACCUUCUUCACGCCAACUGAAUUUGGUGCAGUCAGAUUAGACAGGAAUAACGUUCCACUAAAACAUGGCGAGUAUGAGAUCAAACCUAAACAUCACCUCGCGGAUUCGGAUGCCGCUGAGCCUCGAGUAGAUACCGAGGGAAUUAUAGAAAAAACCGUAACCAAACUUCCCUUCACAAACGAACAUGGAGACUUGAAAGAUCAAGAAACAAACUCCAAGAAGUUCCAGAACGAGUCUCAAGAUAAAAUUAAAAAAAAGCGGGGAAGACCUCGAUUGGAAAGAGAAAUAUCCAAAGCCGAUAUUCGAACCGUGAAAAAAGCACAACCAGUUAGCCCAACUGAGGCAGAGCCUAAAUCCGCCUUUGAAGCCGUCAACAAAAUUCGAGCGAACCUCGACUCCGAAGAGGCAAAAUUAGCCAAGGCCCAGAUCCGAUUAGUCGACUCACAAGGAUUCCGUCUUAUUAAAACCGAGAUCGAGCCACCGUUGAACCUUAUGAACCAUGAACAGAUUCUACAGUCACUUCGUCGACGCGUUAUUGUCGACACUCGGGAGGUUCUAGUUAUAAAUAAGCCUUACGGUAUGUCAAUGCACAGUGGGGGUAACAUUAGUAGCAGUUCCAAAUUUGCUCUCACCUCGUACCUGCAGGAACUUGCCACGUUCUUCCAAGCGGAAAAACUCUACACCGUACAUCGGUUAGACAAGGAGGUUACUGGUGUAUUGUGUCUAGCGAAAAACCGGCACAUGGCGAACGUUAUCGAGACAUUAUUUAAGGCACAUCAAGUAAAGAAAGAAUAUUUGGCUGUUACAAAGGGCCUUGUCAAGGAGCGACAAGGUACCAUCGAGCUACCUAUUGCCGUUGGUCAUAUAGGAGGGAAGGAACGCAUGGUUAUAGUGCCAAGGCCACCUCCGGGAUCUAAGAAAAGUAUUCCGAAAUUUUCGCAAAUUUUUGAGGCACGAACUGAGUACGAAAUUAUCUCAUGGCAUAACAGUGCCGCCUACUGGAAGCUGAGACCGCUAACCGGGUACAAACACCAGCUUCGUGUUCAUCUGGGUUUCGGCUUGCGGUGUCCAAUUAUCGGUGACCACAAAUAUUCACAUAUCAAGAAACUUGUUCCACAAAAACUUCCAGGAGACAUCCUUGCCAAACUCCAUGUGCGACAGCAAAAAGUUCGCGAAAUCCCGUUGCAUUUGCACAGUAGAAGCCUUGUCGUUCCCGGGAUUCUGGCAGGCGGCCGCAAUCUAGUAGCUCGUGUCAAUCCGCCCAAACACUUUCAGAAGACCGUUGAACAACUUGGACUUUCGUAGACCGUGUUUAUAUAUACUUGUACAAAACAUUUUUUACUGGAUUGGCUUCCUUACCGGGGCAACUUAAUCGCGAAGUCGAUAUAACAAAUUUUACUUACGCAGAUUUCAAUGAGUGUAGCAGCGUCUUCAUUCGAUGCAUCUGAUAUCCAGUGCACCUAACGAUGUUUGUUGUUGACCAAAGCGUUAUGUAGAAUGAUUAGUUUGACAAUUUAAAAAUUAGCUUUAUAACUCGUUACGUACUUCAGCAGGUGACUACAGCCUACAGUUGGUGGUUUCGGUGUAGUGCUACACGAAUAAUGUACAUACAUUUAACGGUUACCUAAAUUAAUUCUAACAGGAUACUGGACUAAGAACCGGGUGGAGGCAAGCUUAGCCAGUUGGAAGCUGUCCAACUUUGAGUAAUGAAGUGCAUGUAAGGGCUGAGCAUAAAAAUCGCAGGAUGUGUCUUAUUUAUUGAGAGAUUUUAAAUCGGUUGUUCAGAGCAACAUUCUAUUGCUUGAUGAAAAAUUACGUAACUCGUAGUACAGAAUGUAAACAUGAGCUAGAAAUACUGUACACUAAUAAAUACAUUUUUGAAAAUUAAGUGAGGUACCAGAACAGAUUUUAGGAAGCUUCUUCUGCUCUGUUACAUCUUUAUUUUUGUGUAUGUUCGAAACCUAGAAUAAUGGAUUUUGUUUGAAGAAUAAAGGCGAACCGGAGCACGGCUAACUCACCAUUUUAUAAAUAAAAGCGUGAAAUAAAAAAUGCAUAUUGACGAUAAUUGCAUAUUUUUCUCGAGUUUCGAGAUACGAUUAAUAAACACCUUGAGUUCUCCUGUGCGCCAAAACUAGUAUUGUCUUUUCGUAUUCUGCUGGACAGUUAUAAUCAUAAAAACUCGUAUGUCCUUUCAACGCGCUAGAAGUCUUAAACUUCCAUACAUAAAUCAUCAUACCUGAGGGUGGGCUGAGGUUAGCCAAAUAAAACAUAAAAUAGUUGCUCAUUGCUCGUUUUGUCACGUUCUCCUACACCUACGACGGUUUUGUAUUUGCAGAUGCCCACAUUUGCGGCCUACCUUCGACUGAUUCGAGUACAUAAGUUUACUGCCAGCAUUGGCAAACGGCGUUCUUCAGAUCUAUAGUCUGUUGCAAUAACUCAACAAGCACUGUUCGAUUCGACAUUAUUUCAUUACGUUUAGUGCAAAGCGAAGUACCCUGACAGCAUACGUACGACAAGGCUGUCGAACUGUAGAGCUAUUUUCAUUUUCUCAUUACAAUCAUCUUUUGGUAUAUAUUUUCUGAAUUUUUAUUGAACAUUUGGUAAAUUCAACUAUCUCAUAUAUGAGGGCUUUAUCGACCGGAUAAUAAAUUCAGAAUGCUCACAAAGUUGCCGUUCUUUUAGAACAAUACGACAACACUGAUUCUCUAUUGCCGAGCGUUACAGAGUCAACGUUACCGGACAAAAUUGACUUAUCUCGGAUUCUAGGAUAAUCAUCAUUCCUCGUUUACUAUGUGUGUACGGUGACUAGAAUUCAAGAGAUAUUCCCAAGACUUUUGAGAAUCUUUUUUUUCUAACUCCGGAACUAAUUCCGGAAGUUUUCUCUAACUUUCUCGUAACGAAAAUCCGUCUACCAUUGUC